AUGCAUCAGAGACUUUCGCUUGUUUUUGUUGUGCUCCUUUUUUCUAUCCUGAAUUUGCAGCUGCAUCCAGUUGCAGGAGCAGUGUUUCCAUCGGACGAGGCGCGUCCCAGUUGUGUGGUAGAGUUGACAGACACCACAUUUGACAGCAUCGUGAUGGACCCAGAGAAAGAUGUCUUUGUGUUGUACUACGUACCGUGGUCGCGGCACAGCAUGUCAGCAAUGACACUCUGGGACGAUCUUUCUAUGAGUCAGGCACAGAAGCGCAACUCCUUGACAUUUGUGGCAGCGAGGAUUAACGGUGAGAAGUAUCCGGGUGUGGUUAAGCGCAUGCGAGUGAAUGGGUUUCCGACGAUGCGGUACCACACACGGAUUGACAAGGAGGAGCCGUUUGAGUACACUGGUCAACGCCAUAUCAGUCUCCUCGACAGCUUCAUAUUUCAGAACACAUGA